AUGUUUACUAACAACAUUACUCGUUCAUCUUUGUAUCAGUUAUGAUAUUCAUAUGGGCCAUGUUCUCAGGGAUAUAAUUUCAUACCAAUAGCAUUUGGCAUUAUGUUAUACAUUAUUUAUAUUAUGGAAUGCUGGCAUAAUCGUAUUAAAAUUAGCAAAAUUAAAAAGGUGAAUUAUAUUGAAGCAAUGGAAUAUAUUCAAAAAAUGCGAAAUGCUCCACCAAUUGUUUGGUGGCGAAGUAUUUGUUAUCAUUACGUAAGGCGAACAAGACAUGUUACCAGGUAUAGAAAUGGCGAUGCAAUCUCAGCAUUACAAACUUUUUACGAGCGGAUUAAUUCACAUACUGCUGGCAGCAUUUUUAUAUAUGAUUCAUGUGGUGUUAAGGAUGUAUCAAAAUCAUUGAUUGAUUUGGAGCGUUAUCCAAUUACACGUAUCAAUAUCACUAAAGGAUUCAUUUUUGCCUGUAUGCAAGCAGCUAAUGAAUUUGAAGAUCAACGUUCACGCUUUUUUAUCGAAAAUGAAAUUCUUGAUGAUUAUAUGGAAGUACGUGAAGGACUUGAUUUUGCCGGCAUACAAUUCAUUGAAUCAUUAAUUGUUUAUUCAUCACAGUCUAACAAGCGUCCUUGGUAUUUAACUUCAACCGCAUUUUGGAUUUUGAGCAUUGUUUUACUUAGUUGGCCACUAAGAUUUAUUUGUGAUCUGCGUACCGCUCAUGUCAACUAUCAGAUUUCUAAAUUAUUUGGUACAAAUUAUUUAAGUCCAUCAAGUGUUAAUUACACUGGUAUGAUAACUCAUGGAUCUAUGGCUGAUAACGGUGAAUUUGAAUCGACAAUACAAAAUGAUAACUAUCUUGUUGUGCCAAGCUAUAGUGAAGCUAUGCUUAUGGAACCAACCAAUCAGAAUGUCCUUCCCAAUGGUCAUUUCCGAAAUCGGAAUCAUGUUGCAACAACAUGUAGUGAAAAUGUUUUAAUUAUGAAUUAUGGUGCUGUUCGGAGUUCACCAAAACGCUUUUGGCAAAAUGAGCCCAGGCGAUCACCAAUCCGGCGUAAUUUCGCCGAUCAUAUUCCUUUCCAAAGUCGCUCUCUGAGUUUGAUGUUCAAUAAUUACAAAACUUUCAAAUCUGCAAAUUUCAGAGUAAUUGGUCGAUCAGAUCCAUUGAUUGUAACUACACCAUCAUCAGCGCUUCCGCGAACACUAAGUGGUUCACCACGAUCAGCAAGUAUUGCAGGUUUAUCAGCUGCAUGGCGUUCUCCUGGCUAUAAUACAAUAAGUGAAGAACCAAUGGAUGAUCGAUAUCCAUUAAUCGAACCGAUGAGACCUAUCGAUGAAACACCUCCUCCCUAUGAAGCAGCGUUAAAGAUGUGUGCACCAUUUUAUAGAAGAUUACGACGAUCAGCGAAUUCUCUAACAUCUCGAUUAAAUUCACUAUCGCAAUCAACUAGCAAAGAACUUUCUUAUAAGCGACAGAUUCAUCGCGAUGAUCAAGGAUCAAGCAGGGAUGACAGCUAUUGA